CACUUUGAAUUCAUUCAAGUACACUUGACCUCUUUCAUCAAACCUUACCUAUUGUUCGUAAUAUCUGAAAUCAAUAUUUGAACAACACUAAAUAUGGCAGGUGAAAAGUGCUCCACUCCCUCCCCCACUGCCUUGGAUGUGUUUGAUGUUAGUCAGUCACGUGACGGGCACAUAGUCAUCGAUCCCGUCUGUGAUGAUAAGCAUGUCGAUGGUAGUGGUGAUGGCGGUAGUGGAACGUUGUCAGAGAGACGUUCGUGUUCCAUACCAACCUCCGGAGGACGUAUGCAGGUGACCGUAGACAAGCUGGUCGAGGAAUUAUCCAAAACAAUGAGUGAAAGCCCCAAUGGACUAGUGUUUCGAUUUCGCGACUGUUCUACUCCAGUCCCAUCAGCUUUGUCCGAUCCCAGCCAGGAACAGCAGCGGACAACAGUGCGACAAUCGGUGGAGAUUGGAAUCUUGAAGAACUUCACACCUGCAGCCGCGCGAACGUCACUGGGCGUGCACGUGAACGGGCCGUGGGGUGGCACCUCCCUGGAUGUGGCUGCUGCAGGGAGAAAGCUGAUCAUCAAAGUACAGCUGGCUCUUUCCUUGCCCAGCAGCAAGAAACAGGAUCGCAGUACAAAAGUUCCAGUUGCGCCCGUACAGCUUCAGUCAUCUUCAGUUGAUCAAGCUGUAGCAUCGCCGCCAUCGUCACCCUCACCCUGUGUCCAGGCCAGCACGUCUGGUUUUCUGGUCAGCCGAGAAGUCUUGGUAUCUCCAGCAUACGCUCUAACAACGCUAUUUCAGCUGCUUACACUAUGAACGAUGGGUCCAUCAUGAACACAUCGCACGACGUCAUCACCUUCCCGCCUACACACAGAGCGGAUGAUGUUCACCAUUAUAUUCUCUUGAUUACACACAUCUAAGACUGUAAAACCAGAAACCUAUCAAUACACAAUUUGCCUAUCUACAUGUACAAUGACAUUGUAAUGAAUCCUGCACUACUUUUUUGUGACUAGCAUAAUAUAUCAGCUGUAGCAGAACGUUCAUUCCCAUCUCCGCUUUUAACCAUGUGAGAACUCAUUCAAACAUUAAAACGUCCCACUGGCUGUGACCAAACUCUAUGCUAACUACAUGUACUUCAUCAUCAGGUUUUUAUCAUCACCCUCCACUCUGAUUAUUACUGAUCCGUUAAGGUUGAAUUGUGUAUUUUGUGUUCAUUAUAUUUGCGAACAUUGCAUCAAUUGCGUUAUUUUCCCGUGCAAAAGGCUUCUACCAUCACUAAUACUAAUUACUGUUGCGUUUCCGUACUGUCGAUAUUAUUGAUCUAUCAAUCAUCAUUCAUCAGUGAUCACUUCUGGUAGACGAGUGUAGUGGUGUG